AUGGAUCUAGGCAGAAGAUUUAGGAUCCCAUGUAAGACAGGGAAUAAAUGUGGAAAGGUAAUCAAAAGACUCAUGGUUCCAAAGUUAGCGCAACUUGAAAACACGAUAAUGGGCGUAAUGAAGGAACUGUCUAAAAUGCCGCCGGGCGCUCGUCUGCCAGACAAAUAUACUAAGACGGAGCCGAUCAAACUGCUUUUAGAUCAAAAUUACAAAGAGGACGUCUGCAUGGAUAAGCUUGAAUCGUGUCUAAAAGAGGACAAACGCCGUAAAAGAAUUUUAAAGAAGUUAUUCUUCAAAAAGUAUAAUUCAAUACGUCAAGAUCUCAUCGGUUAUGGUGGACGGAGGCUUUGGGGAGGCGAAGGCAACUUGUUCUACAGA